AUACUUUAUGUGUAUUGUAAUUAUCAGAAAAAUUAUUACGACUAGUACAUGGUUAUUAUAGAUAGCAUAGAAAAGUAUUCCUAUCUUCUUCUCACACUUGAUAUGAGUCGGGCGACCAGCUGAGACAAGGAUGUAAAAUAUGAACGGUCACAUAAUACACAACCACCACGCCGGGCCAUUCAAACGUAGCUCGUUAUGGGAUCCAACAGCAUGGUCGGUUAUUGAUAAUCACAAUAAAAUAUGUUUCAUUUAUUUAAAGAGUACAUCAUGUUUUUAAACUAAUUUAGUGAAGUAAAAUGAAAGUAAUGUUGAAAUAAGUUUAUUUCAUAAAACAUUUAGUGACAGUGGAAGUGUGAAUAAAAUAAUGAAAAAAGAUAUUUCGAAUCACUGUAUAUUAAAUAUGAUUGAUUAUGAAGAUUAUUUGUGGUCUUUAGAUAAUGACUGUCCACCACUUCCUGCGGACGAUUUUUUACAAUCAUUAGGUUCUGACCUUGAAAUUCCCCUUCUUUUAAAUGGAAGAGGGGACGAAGAGGAUGGAGGAUCGUUUGAAGCUGAUGAGAGUCCUGAUGAAAUAAUGAAAGAUGCAUCACUGGAUUCUCUAAAUAAUUUUGACAAGUUUGGACUGAAUAUCGACGAAUUAGAUGAUAUGUUUUCCAACAUUACUGAUGCAGAUGUCGAUCUGUCACUAGCGGAUAUGAAAAAUGUAAAACUUGAAUCCAGUAAUUUAUCUUUCCCACCAUCACCAAGCCACUCAGAAUCAAGUUUAUUGGGGAUAGACUUACAACAACAACAACAACAGCAACAUGAAUUAAUUAACAAUUCUUCAACAAAAAAUAUUAAAUUUAAUUUCGAUACACCUCCAAUAUCUCCACCAGAGUCAGACUCUGCUUCAUCACCUCCAACAGUAGCAACAAAUCUAUCAGUGUUUCAACCUAUGAAGCUUGUUUCUUUAAAUACUUAUCAUGAUGAUAGACAAUCAAUUCAACAGCAGCAGCCAAUUCGUAAUAAAAUUUCAGUGGCAAAUGGAAAUUUUGCUAAGCGGCUCUGUAUACAACAAACUACAAAAUGUACAAAUUCUGAGCAACCAAAAAAAAUGAUUGUACUGAGUGCUCAAGAUUUUGCUGCGUUAACAAAGAAUGUUCAGCAACAAAAUUCGACAAUGCGUCCAUUAAAAAUUCAAACUGUGAAGCGUAAUAUUGCGAAUAAUAAUCAGAAACAGGUUAACUCCAAAAAUACUAUUAAUCUUUCAAUCACAAAUAAUGAAUCAAAAUCAACAACAGUAGAUUUUCCUCAAACUAAUCAAUUGAAAAUAAUCAAUACCAUUCCAAACAUCCAACCGUUAGUGGAGCCAAAAGUUGUAAUGAAUAGUAAUACUCUUGUAAUUGAUACUAUUAAAGAUACAACGACUACAGCAUGCACACCGAUUGUAGUUAAUCACAAAGGGGGAGGAGGAGUGAGUCAAGUUGCUCCAAUUUUAAUAAAAACUGAAAUUCCAGAUGUAAAUUUGACCACUGCUCGUCAAGAAUGUGAACUGAAAGCAUUAAAGAGACAACAAAGAAUGAUAAAAAAUCGCGAAUCUGCAUGUCUUUCGCGAAAGAAAAAAAAAGAAUAUGUAACGUCAUUAGAAAAACAAAUUUCAGAGCUUCAAGAACUGAAUAAGCAGCUAAAAAAAGAGAAUGCAUUAUUAAAACAACGGCUGUUAGAAGUAGAAGAAAGAAAUUGUACAAUGACAGGACAAAGUAAUAGUAGUAACAAAGUAACUAUGAAUAAAAAAAAUACUGCAAUAUUACUUGCUGUAUUUUUUAUGUUUUCUAUAAAUUUACCACUUUUCGGUGGUAUAUUUUUCCCUGAUAAAAGUCAACUAGAUUCAUUAUCGAAUUCUAAUAUUAAUAUGGUGGCAUUACCAGCGGUAUUACAACCGAAUACCAGACAUGGGCGGUCUCUAUUGUGGGCAGAACCUCAGAAUGAAACUGAAAAUGAUGCAACAACAAUAGAAGACCGUGUAGGUGCUUCGUCAUCACCUGAUAUUCCGCUAGAUGAUGAUGCGAUAAAUCGCCAUCCUCCGAUGUGCCCUAUGUUUAUAAACCAAACCGAAUCGAUUCGUUUGGAUUAUGAGCUAAGACGAUGGAUUAGUGGUGACGACGAUGAAGACAAUGAUGGUAUGAAUAACAAUAAUAAAUUAAAAAAUUUCACCUUUGCAACAAAAGAAGACGAAGAAAAGCAAGAGAAUAAUUCUGGAAAAAAAAAGAAAUCUUUAGGUGAAUUACUUUUUUCAGAGUCACUUGAAAAAAUAAAUAAACAACAGAAGAAAAAUAAUAAUGAAUUGUUAAAGAAAAAUGAAGAAAAAGAAAAGAAGAUGCUAGAAGAGAAAUCACGGAUCAAUGGUGUUGAAUCUCCAAUAAAAAAUAAUAAUGAUAGUAAUAGUGCAGUUCAAAUAUUCUCACUUUUUGGUAGCCGUUUAAGACGACGAGAUGAUACAUUCUAUGUAGUAUGGUUCAGUGGAGAGCAUUUACUUUUACCUGCUUUGAGAAGAAAUAAUACAGUAAGGCCUAGAAUGUCAUUAGUUUUUCCUGCAGUUUCACUUGACAACAAGACAUUUACAUCACCUCAGAAUCAUAUACCAAUGAUGCAAAUUGAUUGUGAGGUAACUGAUACUCAAUUGGUAAAUUUAGAAAAAUCUUUGAUUCCUCAGCAUCUGAGAAAUAAUUAUGAUAAGCCGAAAUUAAAGAAAAAAUCGUCAUUGCAUAAUGAUAAUAAGAAGAAUGGUAAUAAUGAUAGCAGUAAUAAAAAUGAGAAUAAUAAUUAUGAUUACAAAUAUCAUAAUAAUAAUAAUGAUAACAAUAAUCUGUCAUAUAAAAUAAAUAAAGAAUCUUCGUUACUCUCUAAAGUUCCUGAUUUGAUGGCAACAAAAAAUGAAAUGCCAGCGAUAUUUUCGGAGCAGAAAGAAAUAAAGGACACUAUAGUGAAGAAGAAAAAAAAAUACAGUGAAUCAGCAAAAAAUGUUAGCGCUACAGUAAUAUUAUUUUCCAUUUCUGUAGUUUUUAAUGUAUGUUUUAUAGUAUUUCUUUUUUUAAAGACUAUUCCAUAUAAGAGACGAGUUAAGGUAAUGUAUGGUGUAAAGAAAUUUGAAUCGUACAAUUAAGUAAUAAUAAUUUUUAUACAAAUCUACGUUUAAUGAAUUGAUAUUGUACAUUGUACUGCCAAAUGGUUGAAAUGAGAGGCUGUGCAAUAUUGAGAAAAAUUAUCAUAUAAUGAUUUUUAUAAUAAUGAGAAGAAUUUAUUUAAUUAUAUAUCUACAUAUAUAUAUAUAUAUAUAUAUAUUUGAAAUCUAUUAGUUGUGAAUUGAUUGAAUAAUAAAUACUAAAUAAGAGUAGGAGAAAUAGUGUAACAGAGGCAUAAUAAUUGAAGAGUGAAACAUAUUGAUGCAAUAAAUUAUUGUUAAGACAAAUAUUUGUCACUGUAAUAACAAUAUGUAUAUGUUGUGACAAAAGAAUAAUUCGCGACAAUGGCGAUAAAAAUAAUAUUGUAGGAAGAGGCUACAAUAAUUAAAGCUUACAGCUAUAUAGCAAGUGGUGAUGAGUAUGUGAAAAAAAAUUUGGUUCGAUAAAUUUUUACAUACUUAGAAUAGACUAAUUUGUACUAGUAAUAUUUUUUAUUGAAAUUUUAGAAAAGCACAAUAGCUAGUAUAUAAAUGAAAUUGAGUGAAAUAUUAUUGAAUAAAUUUUAUUAACAAUGAAGUGAAGAAAUUUUGUAGUUAAUU